AUGGCCCCUCUCAUCCUCCAACCCGUCACACAGGAAGACAUCCCAUCGCUCUCAGAACUAUGGUAUGCAUCCUUUAGCAUCCCCAUCAACCUCCUCAUGUUCCCCAACACACCAGGUGUCCGAGCCUGGUGGAACGAAGCGAACGGUCACGAUCUUCUCCACAACCCGCAUCGAAAAUACCUCAAAAUUGUCGAUCCCGCUGUGCCCGAUGCCGUGGUUGCAUACGCUAAAUGGGACCUAGACCCACAGCACAGUGGCGAGCGUUUUCCCGCCUGGCAUGUGGAGUCGGAUCGUAAGACUUGUGAAUUGGUGUUUGCAGGGCUGGAGGAGGAGAGGAAGGUGUUUUUUGGAGAUCGGAGGUUUUACUAUUUGGAUAUGCUGGUUGUACAUCCUGCGUAUAGGAGACGGGGCGCGGCUUCGAUGCUGGUUGGGUGGGGGUGUGAUCUUGCGGAUCGGGAGGGUGUUCCUGUUUAUUUGGAUGCGCAUAUUGAUGCUGCUCUGCUUUACAGGAAGUUUGGGUUUGAAAAUCGAGUGGGUAAGGAGGUUAGCCCCGAGGGAGCGCUCUCGAUGAUUCGAGACCCCGUGGCUAAGUAG